AUUGAUGACUAGCCGUAAGAUUUUCGAGAGGAUCAAAAAGCACUACAACGUUCCGAGUGAUAACAAACAAAAAUCAAAAAGAUGAGUGGUCAGCCGCAGUCUAAGAGGCUGAAGCGUGCUAACACGGACACCUGCAUGGAAAAGGUGGUGCGAGAGCCGAUUCUUCGCUGGGUCGAUCCGCAGGACGGGGUAAGCUAUUUAGCAGACUUUCACUCUUCUCCUCUCUCUAAAAAAAAAGUGUAGCCUUAAUCUCUAAAAAAUCUAAAAAAGUACUCAAUAGCCACUAGGUGAAGAAACUACGAGUAUAUGAAAAAAAGGCUUAGGCCUAAUAGUCUCAGUUUCCAAUGCCUGUUGACAUUCACAUCACCAAGUCCCUCCUUCCUUCCAAAAUCUUCCCAAGGACCUGAACACCAUUACCAUGGCACUCCGUCGCAUGUGCCGCGCAGCUAACUACAAGAAGACGUCGGUCACGACCAUUGUUUCUGGAUUGGUCAAUGGCUCUUUCGAGCCGAUGACAGACGACCACCGCACGGUCAAGUCGCAGUUUCUGCGCUUGGGAGCUCUCAUUCUCACGCUGAUCAAUUUGAGCCAUGCCGCCACCAUGUACCGCGAGGUCCUCAAGGCUCCGCUCAUCGCCGACGAAAAGACCUGGUCGCGUGUUCACGUACAAUUUAUUUGGUUCAUAGUCUUCUCAUCUUUUGCUAUUAGCGUUCUUUUGGUUGUGGCUAGGGUGAUGAGUCUUAUUUGAAAGAACUUCGAUUAUCGUGUAGUUUUUCUUGUGUUGAUGCUAGCGGAGCAAAAGAAGCUUCAAGUUUAUACUUCGCGACUAAAGAUCUUAAAAACUUCAAAUCUUCUACUCCCCUGCUUGAACGAGUACACUUGCUUUCCUUGCAUCUUCAAAAAUUUACCUUCCGCCCAAAAUCGUCCUCUCAGUGCUUGAUGUUGGCCAAGUGCAUCGCAGUGUCGGGAGCGGAGUACGCGUAUGAAUGCUUGCUGGAGUUGAACAAGUUGUUCUUGAAAUACCCCGCGCAGUCUAUCAAGUUUCUGGUUCAAGCGGCGCAUCUUUACGUCAAUGGAGUUUGCGCGGACCGCCGCAACAAAGACCGCGAACUGCGCUACAAAACCCCGGACGCAAUUUGGUCUUGGUAUAAUUUUUCUUGAUCUUUGUUUCUUGGUUCUAAGCAUAAGAAAACGAUGGCCAGACAGCAUACACUGAUGACAAGACUCAACCUUGUGCCCAUUCUACUCAGCCUCUUCGGUUCCAGUCUGCAGUAUAGCUGCCUUCUAUAUAUAGCCUGCUGCCCUUGAUCUAAAUAAUCUUUCUUAACCUUGCAGGAACGACCGUCACCCACUGGCCUUCGAUCGAAACAUUUGCCCGCUGUUAUGGAAGGUCAAAGACGAGCUGGCCCGAAUUUUUGACGUGAACCAUGAGGAAUUCGGGACUGGGAGCUGCGCAGAGUUGCAGGGGCGCUUGAAGAACGGGGCGCAGGCUCCUUUGCGCGAGGGAGCUCCGCAAAACACCCCGCAGUACAUCAUCUGGCAUCAGCUGUCCAAGGUAGUAAGGUUAGUUUUUAGCUCAAUUGUAAGAACUCCACUAUGAUGAGCGACCUUGUAACAUAGUACACUGCUACCCCGACUUGUUUCUUCGUGAGGUGUAUUGUUUAAGCAGCAUUCUUAUAGGGAUUCAUCUACCACCGUGCAUCUUCUCACUUCCUACACGAUCCUCCCAUAAUUGUCUUUCGAAACUCCCCCUGGCAGAGCCUCGAGGCCGCUUCGCAGAUGGAAUUCAGCGGGGAGUUCUGGACAGCGUUGCUGCAGAUUAUCAUUAUUGCUGGCGUCGCUACGAACGUGGUGGUUGCGCGCAUGCAAUUCCUCUCGAAGCAAUUGAAGCCCACGGCAGAUGCAGUCACGUGCAAGAAUAUCUUCUCGCACUUUGCCUUGAACCCGGAGGACCUCGGCUGCUGGGUAUUGGAUUAUUAGUUGUCUUGAACAUCAUGCUACAGCAACGUCCUCAAUUCCAACUCUUGCAGUAGUGAAACGUGACAUCUCACCCCGAUGAAUUUCAAGAAUCUUUCUGCUAGACAUUGCUGUGCACUAUUGGAACUUCUUGCCAUAGUUUUCUUCUCCAUCCUCCAUAAAAUCAAACACCACAUAAGUGCCAUCAUCUCAACUUCCACAGCGCGGCGAUGCAAUUGCAACCGCUGUCGCGCGAAUCAGAGUGUUUUUUGCCGGCGAGGAGAUGCCGAACUGUUUGAAGACUUUCGUCGACACCUUCGACCUGAUCAAGAAGCACUUCCAAGAGAAGGGUCGCACCUCCCUGAUGCCGAUUGCUGGCUUGGGAAAGAAGUGCUCGCAGCCGUUCUACGAUAUGAUCAAAAUCGCGCGUCAGGCGUAUGAGCAGUACGAGUUGGUGCGCACUGUCGAUUUGGUUGUCGCGAUUGGCCGUGCGAUUUCUGUCCAAGCGGAUGAUGCGUUUAGUGCAGCUGAAACGAAGAACUGGAUCAACAAGCACGCCUUUACCGGUACGACUAUCCUCGAGAAGAUCUGCAACCUGCUUCAUGCUUUGGCGCCGCUGUAUGCCGGUACCGAAAUCAUCGAGGAUGACACUGUUCCGCAGCUAUGCGCGAAGAAGGACGAGGUUGACCGUCUGCUGAAAGACAACACCGUCCUCGAGGGCAAGGUCAGCAAGCUCCUGCAGGCUUUCGUCAAGCACGCUGAUCGCCAAGCAGUCGAAACGGUCGAAAAUCACUGCCGCCUUGGUAAUUCUUACAGUUCACCCUGCUGCUAGGUAUCUUUGCAGCAGAGGUCACAUCUGAAACACCGACAGUCUACACCUCUCGAUCUCAGAUCAUGUUUGGCUACUUUCUUUCUCCCAUGAACUUCUCUUUCUCUCACUCAACCAGGUGAAAAGGAUAUGGCUCUGGCUUCGUUUGAGCUGCUUAGCGACACCUACCACGGCCUUUGCCCGAAGGUCCAGAAUGAUCUCUCGGAGAAGAUCAACCUGAUUGGUGUGCCGGUGGCUGCUGCAAAUGGAGGACUGCCCGUCUAUGUCGCGGGAAGUGACGACUUUUAA